UUAAUGGAAGCUGCACAAACUUCGAGGUGGAACUUGCAAAUGCCAUAUAUAUGGAACCUAUAGAUACAUUGUUGAAACAUUAAACCUUUAACUUUCCCAAAAUAAAUAGUAUCUCCCAUUUUCGGCCAUGACGCAAACACCCUCUUCUUGCUUAUGAUGUUCUCAGUCGUACCGUAGAAUUAUCAAUGACGUAUCACACUCAGUUCAAACGCCAGUUUGAUGAUUAUGCCGCCGAAGCCGGCGCCGCCUUACCUCCCGCCGCCAGAGUGCGGAAAGACGAAGCUCUCCCUUCCUCCUCUCCUCCGUCAACUCGCCUUCAGUUCUUCGUCCGUUUAUUUUCCGGUGUCAACAAAACCCUAGUCCUUCAAGCCGAUUCCACCGACACAGUUUUAUCAGUUCACAGAAAAAUCGAGUCGAUCACCGGAAUCCGAACAAUGACGAAGUCCUUCGGAGUACCAGGAAUCGAUCAACGGUUAAUCUACAAGGGGAAGCAGCUUCAGUUGGAGCAAACCCUAGCGGUGUGUGAUGUACAACAGGACGCGAGCUUACAACUCGUCGGGCGAAUGCGAAGCACGCGCCACCCGCUGACGUGGAAGCUGAUGAGUGAAUUAAUUGCACUCAUUUCUAAUAGUACCGAAGGCCGUCUAAUUAAGAAGAUGCUUAGCAAAAUUCUCACAAUGACUCCAAAGGAUGAAACUAAAUCUGAGGAAUAUCUUCGAAUAUUUAUCUACUCAUCUGUGCCUGCGCAUUUGGUAAAGCUUUAUGUCUCUCCUUCUAAUUCUGAGUUUAAUAACAAAGACACAGCUGAUGAAUGCAUUCGUGAAUUCAUAAAAUUGUGUAAGAAACUUUUGUCGGAUAGCAUAUAUGCGCAAUGUGUUCAUAUAGUGUUAGAGUUUUGUAAGCUUCUGAGAGGUGCUGCUGGUGUUGAUGAUGCUUUGUAUGGCUUUUGUCGGAGUAGUUUAGCGGAUAUAAUGGAUUGGUAUGACGCGGAUGCUAUGGAUGUGUUACCAUUGCAGGAUUCUUUUCCUUUAGUCCGUGAGUUAGCAGCUAGGUUAUCGCGUACUUUAGAAUUGAGCAUGGGCUCAGCCGAGUUUGUGGGGUUAUCAUGUAGCGAUGUGCAUGAGUUUAUUGAGUUCAUGCAUCCGGUAAGGAGUGCAUUAUUGUGUCAAAAAGCAUUUGAUUGUCCGUUCACUUUCCCUUUAACGGAGAAAGGUAAUAGUGAAGCAGGAAGUAAAAGAUUUGUGAUGCACAAUUACAAAGAAAAGAUUGAAGGUUUGCAUCAUAUUUUCUGUGAUUUGCUGGACAAAUUGGAGCUGUGUUUAGAGAAACUAGAAACACGACUGGGUUUGAAAGAGAAAGAAAAAGAUGAGCCUAAUGUACUAUGUUGGUCUCAGUAUCUUGUAAUUCUAGAGGCAUUACAUAGGAUUUCAAAAAUGUAUAAGGGUUUGGAGGAAGGCUUUUGGAAGAGGAUGAGGCAAAGAAGAGUUCCAUUGUGCUUUCUCAUAGUUAAACUCUCAAAAAGGUCUAGAGAUUAUCAGUGGAUUCUUGAGAACAAGGAGAUCGUCAAUUUUGAGAUAAGGCGGGAUUUCGCCAUGAUGAUGUUGCGUGAAGGGAGUGGCAAGAACGAGGAACUAUAUGAGAUGCUCAUUGACAGGUCCCAUUUGUUGGAAGAAUCAUUUGAGUACAUUAGACAUGCAGGUCCUAGAGUGCUGGGCCGCAAUUUAUUUUUGAAAUUCAAGAAUGAAGAAGCUACUGGACCUGGUGUGGUGAGGGAGUGGUUUUACUUGGUAAUUCAAGCCAUUUUCAACCCUCAGAAUGCUCUCUUUGUUUCUUGCCCGAAAGACUGUAGAAGGUUUUUCCCAAAUCCAGCAUCUAAGGUGGACCCACUGCACCUUGAGUAUUUUGUCUUCGCUGGCAGGAUGAUUGCAUUGGCCUUAUUGCAUAAAAUACAAAUCAGCAUUGCGUUUGAUCGUGUGUUCUUUUUGCUACUAGCUGGAGCCUGUGAUGUUGGUUUAUUCUAUUUCAAAUUAGCUGGAAAGAAUAUUUCAUUGGAAGACAUUAAGGAUGCAGAUCCAUACUUGUACAGUAGCUGCAAGAAGAUACUGGAGAUGGAUCCGGAGAUGGUGGAUCAAGAUGCUCUAGGCCUGACAUUUGUUUGUGAAAUUGAAGAAUUGGGGUCCAGGAAAGUGGUUGAGCUUUGCCCCAAUGGGCAAGAUACCGUAGUGAACAGUGAGAACAGGAAUAAAUAUGUUAAUCUUCUUAUCCAACACCGCUUUGUCACUUCAAUUGCUCCGCAGGUAACCCAUUUUGCUCGAGGUUUUGCGGACGUAAUUACUCACCCAUGGCUCCGAAGAUCCUUUUUCCGGAUCUUAGAUCCUGAAGAUCUUGACUCGAUUCUUCAUGGGAGCAAAAGUGAUAUUUCUGUAGAAGACUGGAGAGCACAUACCAAUUACAAAGGCUACAAAGAAAGUGAUCCUCAAAUAUCCUGGUUCUGGAAGAUAGUUAGUGGUAUGUCUGCGGAGCAGAGAAAGGUGCUUCUCUUCUUCUGGACUUCAAUUAAGUCUCUGCCUGUAGAGGGUUUUGGUGGUUUGGCUUCUAAACUAUACAUCUACAAAACCACGGACUCUUAUGAUUGCUUGCCUUCCUCGCACACAUGCUUCUACCAACUAUGUUUUCCUCCUUAUCCGUCCAAGGACGUCAUGCAAAAGCGACUUCACAUAAUCACCCAGGAUCAUGUUGGUUGCAGCUUUGGUACCAUGUGACAUGGAAAUUUGGGGGUUGAAUUUUGUGCAUAUGAUAUGUAAAUAUGUGAUCUUGUAUAUAGAUGUAGGAAAUGCCUACCUUCUGAAACUUGACUACUGUAAGGUCUCUUUGGAUGUUUUGGUUCUAGGAAGUGUUAAGUAUGAUAUUAUGUAAUUAUCUUGUAUAUAGAUGUAGGAAAUGCCUGCCUUCUGAAACUUGACUACUGUAAGAAGGUCUCUUUUGAUGUUUUGGUUCUAGGAAGUGUUAAGUAUGAUAUUAUGUAAUUAUCUUGUAUAUAGAUGUAGGAAAUGCCUGCCUUCUGAAACUUGACUACUGUAAGAUGGUCUCUUUUGCGUUA